GCCACAUACGGCGCAGCGAAAAUACAUCAGCUGCUGCCGCGUAGACGAGUAAGCGCUACAAAAUUCAAUCUUUCAGGUCAGUGUUUCAUCAGAAUAAGUGAAUAAUCACUCUUACGCCUGUACUGCUUUCUAAAGGUCCUCCUCAGAAUUGAAUAAGUGAACACGACGUUGACUUAUCAACAGGUCUGGCCUGUUUCAACAUCUGAUCAGACCCUCCUCCUGCGGCCCCCGACAAACACGGCUCGGGUUUGCGUAGGCUUGGCUUUGCCUUGGCUUGGGCUCGGGCUGUACGGUACCCCGGGGACGGACGGGAUCGGUGGUGCAUUCAUUCAACCAGGCUGGGUCAUAGACAAGUCUCAAUCUUCGACAACAACAACGACUGGAUUCUGUUCCUAAGAAGCAAGACCUAUUAAAGAUUCAAGACUUAAUACUCUGGAGCUUCAUGCUGCUGGUAAUAAAUUGAAAAACAUAAACUUUAUCACCUGUUAAGCUAAUCAGAAAGAUAUCAGGAUGUUUUCAGCAUUAAAGAAGCUGGUUACCAAUGAGCAGGGCGAAACAAGACCCAGUAUUCCCUCUGGGAUGCAAGCCAUGGGCGUCAGUCUGCAGCGAAAGUUUGCCCGAGGAGUACAAUACAAUAUGAGGGUCAUAAUCAAAGGUGACAGAAACACUGGGAAGACAACUCUGUUCCAUCGGCUUCAGGGAGGGAAGUUUAUAGACGUAUACCUUCCAACUUCUGAGAUUCAAGUUGCUAGCAUACAGUGGAACUACAAAGCUACCGAUGAUGUGGUCAAGGUCGAGGUCUGGGACGUGGUGGACAAGGGUAAGCCGCGGAAACGAGAGAGAAACACUUUGAAGAUAGAGAACAAAGAAACAGAAGAAGAAGAGCCUGAAGACCCUUGCCUGGAUGCUUCCUUCCUUGAUGUUUACAAAGGAACAAAUGGCGUCGUGAUGAUGCUGGAUAUUUCUAAGAAAUGGACUUGGAAGUACGUCCAGAAAGAGCUUCCCAAGGUUCCAACCCAUAUACCAGUAUUAGUCAUGGCUAGUUUCAAGGACCAGUUUGAAGAGCAGGUAGUAUACAGAGAAGAAAUUGAAUUCUUCAUCAAAGAGCUUGACAGACCCCCAGGCUCGGCUCACAUCAGAGUAGCAGAAUCUUCCAUGAAAAAUGGUUUUGGUCUGAAAUACCUUCAUUCUUUCUUCAACAUCCCAUUCUUACAGCUGCAGAGGGAAACACUUUUACAGCAACUUCAGAGGAAUCAGCUUGAAACCGAUGCAACGCUAGAAGAACUAGAUGCCAGAAUAGAAUCUGAAGACCAGGAUUAUGAUAUGUAUUUGUCGAGUCUUUCCCAAAAGCGAUCUGAGAAGUCCAAAGGAUCAUCCUCAUCUCUGAACGUACCCAACGGACAAACACCCAGAAGAGCAUCAGAUACAAGCAGUAAUCGAAGCUCAUCCGCAUCCGUUACUCCUGCCAAACUAAGCCCUGCCCACACACCAAGCCAGCUUACCCCUAGCUCAACUCCGCCCACAAUCAGACAUACACAGCAAAUACAGCCAAUCAAACAGCAGCAGCAGCAAGCUCCUCCCACACGGCCUGCUCCAUCACCAGCCACCCUGGAGGAUGAUCAGUCGCUAGGCAACAGGUUCAGCAAGUGGUUUGCUCCGAGCGAGUCAAAGGUCAAACAGGGAACCAGAGUUGAGGAUGAAAAAUCAGCAGUCAUUGAAUCACCAGCUGAGAUUCACCACUCACGAAAGCAACCCCAAGGAAAGAUCAGCAACGUUGAUGAGUUCAUUCCCGACGAAGGCAUUGACAAGGGAUUCUUUGACGAGACAGAUUCCAAACCUGUGGCCGAGCCCCCAAAGAAGACGAGUAUAUUCAGCUUUGGGAGGAAAGCCAAGCCAAAACCAAAACCUGAGCCUCCGGCACCGGUUGUAGCUCCACCUCCACCUCCAGACUCUGACAGUGAUGAUGGAGUAAACCCGAUGGUUGCAGGAUUCCAGGAGGAACUGGACUCUGAAGAUGAAGUGAUAGAAGGUGAGGUCCAGGACGUGACACCGGUAUCCCCUGAUACAGAGGGACCUGAUUCCCCAUUUGAUACAUUCUCACGGAUGCCCCCCAGGCUCGCAAGCAAGGACAUGUCUAGUGAAGACGAAGAUGGUAGGCCGGUCGUUGCAAUGGACGAUGAUGUUAUAGAUUCGGAUGACGAUGCACCAUCGGCACGGUCAAAGCUAUCCAGUCAGCACAUGGGUUGGAGCUUUGAAAAGAAAUUGCCAUCGGUUCAAGAGUCCAGUAGGACUGCGGCCACCUCCAGCUUGUCCCCCAAACCAAGCACUGAAACAAAAAGACAGUCCAGGGUCUCCACUUCGUCGUCCUCGUCCGCACCAGAGACUCAUGUGACGAUAUCCUCAAGGACACAGGGUGCUUCAGGGUCUCAGGUAACCCCCACUCAGGACAUUGUCUCUUCGGAAGACGAAGUGGCGGAGGUUAAGGUUUUACAGGACUGUGAGGAUAUAUCAGAGGAUGAUGCACAGAGACCGACAUCAUUAAGAACUGAUGAUGGACCAAAAACUGAUUCAAGACCGUCCAAGAUCGCCCAAGAGGAUAGUGAUGAGGAAGUAACAGAAGCCUUAGAGGCACCAACUACCCCAAGUCAAGAAGUAUCUUCCCCAGCAUCUCUUGGUCUGACAUUACAAUUAGAAGAUCUCAAUUUCUUAGAGAGCGUAACUUCAAAGCCUGCCAAACCAGUAGUCUCAAGAAACUUAUCACGGGCCAGUGAUGAGUUUGAUGUCCUUGUCUCGGUGGUCCAGGAUGAGGACAUCAGUGAUUGUGAGACAAACACCAGUACUAGUACCAGCAGCUCUGCCAAGAAGAAGAAGAAACACAAGAGCAAAGACAGAGAAGAGGAUGAUGAGGAGAGGACUCACAAGAAACACAAACACAAGAAACAUAAAGACAAGGAUAGGGAGGAAAGACACCCCAGGAGAGACUCUAACCCUGACGGCGAAGACCGCAAGAAGAAGAAGAGCAGUUCCGGGUCCAGCUCCAAGAAGAAAUCCUCGGGAGAGAAGCGAGAGAAGAAACGAGACGAAGCCUCAAGAGGAGGUGGGGCAGGAUCCACAGGAGGAGGAGGGGCAGGAGAUCCGAUGGAUGAUAACGCAGCGUUGGAGGCAUUCCUCGAAGGAUUUUAAGUGCCCCAGAAUGAGUACAAUAUCUUGCCUUCCAAAACCAAAGGUUAUGUCAUAGGCCUGAAUUCAUUGUGUAGAUUUUUUGACCAUGACAUGAUUUAACCUACAAAUGCAUUGUGUGUACACGUGCAAACUGAAUUUACCUAUGGUAUUACACUCCACCAUGGUUCAAAUAACUUUAAGUGAAUUCAGGCCUAUAUUUUUUUUCAGGGCCUUUGCAGCCAUUACCAAAUUAUUUAUUAACACUUUUAAACUGCUUUCAUCAGCUACUAACAAUAAUCAGCACUUUUUUUUAAUGUCAGAUAUUUCAUGAGUGCCAUCCCAUCUGAAGAGAAUAAAAGGGUUAAUCAAAAACUUAAACCUCAAUGAAUGGUUUAUCACUCUAAAUUCAGUUUUGAAAGUAAAAUAUUGGAUGCUUAUAUACCACCUUUAUGUGGAUCGCCCUGUGUUCCAAUAAUGCAAUAAUUGUAUUAAAAUUCUUGGGACGGCUAGAAUAUUUGCAUCUCAUGUAAACACUUCGAAGAAAGCUUGCUACCGCUAGUCCAUUCAUGCUUUGGUGUUUAUUAUUUUCCAUCAAACUGUCGUUGAGAAAAAUUUUGGUAAAUCCACCUUCGAAUGCAAUGAAAAUCAUGAAAUUUACCUGCACCCAUAACACUCUCCUCAAAAAUUAAUAUAUUCUUGAACAUGGUAACUGCAGCUUAUUUUUAUGGGUUUUUUUUGGUAUUUUUUUGUAGUGCAUAUUUCUUAUGGGAUCAAGGAACUGUUGUAUUGACAAUCAUCUAAUAACACUAAAUCAUAAAUUCUGUUUAGUUCUGUUUUAAAAUGUAUCUGUACCUUUUCUUUCAUUGUAAGUACUGUUCCCCCUUCUAUUAUACUAACUGAAAGAGAAUUAUCAUUUCAAUCUUCCUAAUACUUGUGAGUCUUUUUAUACUUUCCAGAUCCAUGCACAGUUUUAACUAACAGGGAAAUAGCAUUUAACCACUGUAAUAGUGAAGAAUUAAUGUGAUCUA